CAUAUAAUUUGAUACUUUAACACAUAAACACCAACAAAAAACACCAUGAUUAUAAUCUUGUUUAGUUUUUUAAUAAAAAGGAUUUCGCUGCUGGCAGCAUUUUAAUUUUUUAUCUUCCAUUUUUCAAAACUCUUAAUUUUCGAACCGUUACAAAUCCACUGCCGUAAAAAAAAAUAUAUUUAACAAACACCAGCCACACCCAGCAUACUUUCGUUCUCAGGAGAAUCCUGCAAGAAUUCUUCUAAAUGUUGCAAACGCACCACAAAAAUAUUGUAAUUCUUCAGCAUGAAAGACGCAAGCGAACUACAAAGAUGUAACAAACAAAAAUUGAGAAUGCGAUCUAUUAAUUAAGCAGCAGUGAGGUGAAGAGAAGCCCAGAUGAAAACACGAUAAGCAUUAAUUAACUAAGUCGUAAUAAAAGUUCAUUGUAGAUUUGAGCAUAUAUAGGAAAGGUCCCAGGUCCUAAAAAACAAACAAAAAACACCCAGCACAUAAGUUUAUACAUACAUACAAAAAUAAAAUAUAAAUAAAAAAGCAUAUUAACUGAAAAAUAACGAUACUUUUAUAAUAAAUCGAAAAAGGACGUACAUAAUACACGAGGAAAUACCAUUCACACAUUUCAUGUUAAGAUAUAAUAAAGUGAAUAAAUAAAAUAAAAUAUUUAAACCCAAAUGAGCGUAACUUUAAAGGUCUACAGACUUUAUUAAAUUGUUUAAUUUUUUUUACCAUUUCUAUAUGUUAUCACUUAAUUUGGAAUAUCACUCAUUUAUGUUUAAAUUUAACGCUUAAAUCAUGAUUCUGACCUAACAAUACUUGGUCAUAUUGACCAAAAGUCUCGCCGAAACGGUGUGACCGCAUACAUUUAUUUAAUUUUUCUGCAAAAAUCGAACUUUCGAUACCCGGAUAUCGAGUAAUCGAGUACUACAUUUAUUUACAUGCAGAUUUAGUUUUUAUAUUUAAGAAAUAUAAUGGAAAGCUCGGCUAUUAUGGGCGUUGACAAAACGCAGGUACCACCGCUCAACCAGAAGCGCAUCCUGGCAUUUGUGAAUCAUUUCCUGGUCAACACCUGCAACUUCCUCAAUGAAUUUGCCCUGGGCUGCGAAACCAAGUUCGUGGAAAUGGAGAGGCAGCUACAAAAAACGGAGGCAUCCCUAAUAAUCCUCGAGGCGAAGCUCGCCUCCAUACCCACCGACCAUGUACCGAACGAAGGCGCGAGCGUGCCAGCGCAAUCUGAGAAGCCCACCGAAGUCCCAAUGCCGGAUUCGGAAAUCGCACCAGUGUCAGAGGAACCAGUAGAUGAAACUCCAGCGGAGCCAGCCGGUGUGCGUGCCUGCGAGGACGUGCGCUACAAGAAGUUCUUCAAGAUGCUGCAUGUGGGCGUUCCUGCGCCGGCAGUCAAGCAGAAGAUGCAAUCCGAGGGCCUGGAGCCGCGCAUAUUAGACACACCGGAGAUGAUCCUGGCAGACGGUGUCCGUGAGUAACCAACUGGGAGGAAGAGCACACACCCACCUUGUGAUAUAGCAAUUGUUGCUACCGUUUUCAAAUAAACAUUUUUAAAGCUUA